AUGAAAGUAGACAUACAUGGUAAUGAAAAGGCCACUGUCAAGACUCUCACAAAACUAGGGCGGCCCUCAGGUCUUAUUGAGUUAGAAGACGGAAACAUAUUUUUCAGUGAUUUAGAGAAUAAAAUGGUAAAAAAAUUAUCCAAAGAUUUGCAAGAAGAAGCAGCAAUGAAAUUGGAUUGGUAUCAGAUGGGACUAUGCAUCAGUCGAAGCGGUCACAUUCUCUUGUGCGCUGCUUUUCUACCAUGGCAAACCACAGAUGCUAGUGACCGUGGAAAGGUUUUGCGAAUGAGCUAUAAGGGAGUAACACUGCAGGAAAUAAUGAAAGACAAUGAAGGAAAACACUUGUAUAGCAGACCUAUUUGUAUUUCUGAAAAUAUCAACCAGGAUAUUUGCGUAUCAGAUGUAUACAAGAAUUCUAUUGUCGAUGUUAAUAGAACUGGCCUCUUUAGAUUUGCCUACAGUGGUGGGGGCUUUUAUGAAAAUAAAGAAGAUUUUGAACCUACCGAACUAGAUACUGACAGUCUAGGAAACAUUGCUGCUUCGGACUCUAUUAACAAUUUGGUUCAUUUACUUGACGUUGAUGGUAAUCUUAUAAAAUACUUGCUUGUAAGCAAAGGAGGGUAUUUCUGGCCCAUGGGGUUUAAAAGUUGA